CGCUUUGCCACAUGCAUCCCGGGUUUUGCUAUUGCUGAGCAGUCCAAUGCCCACCGCAGCCUCAGAAGCGCCAGUAAGGUGCAAGCCGCAGAUGAUAUCGAAGAGAGAAUGCAGACGCCAAAUAUCGGCAAACUGAGCCUUUUCUCCAAGAAAGAGGCGAGCGUUCUCAAGAGUCUGAAGAAAAACCCGACCUUGACCAAGACGCUGAGCGGCAACCCGUCGCUUAUCAAGCCUUUCGAGAACAAUCCUCAGCUUGUCAAGACGUUCGAUACCUUGCAAAAGGACACCGCUCUAAUGACGAGGAUGAAGAGUUUGAAAAAGAGUCCUUCCAUGGACAAGCUCAAGACGGCGAUCAGCAAGAAUCCGAGCGCGCUCACGAAUGAAAACAUGGAAAAGCUUGGUGCGGCCGUGCUGAAGAAACCUUUCAGCAAAUUAAAAAGAUUGUUUUGA